UCUACCUUUGGUCCACCAGAGGUAUCAUGAGGUCCUUGAUUGUCUUAGCAGUGAUCGGCGCAUGCGCAGCGAACGCCCUCCAGGCCUACAACGACAACCAUGCUUCGGGCCCUCUUGACACUCGAGCCCUAGCAGCAGCUAAUGCUGCUUUUGCAGCCGCCUACGAAAAGCAGCUCGCCCUGGUCUCUGGAGGAGGAGGAGGAGGAGGAGGAGAGGGAGGAGGGUUCCAUCAUGCCCCUAAUCGCGGAGGUCUUGGGUAUGGCGGCAUAUCCCACGUCCCAGGCGCUGACACUCCAGCCGUAGCUGCUGCCAAGGCUCAGUUUUUCAGUCUCUAUAACCAGCAGGCGGCCCUGGCAGCAGCUGCCCCUGAUGAUAACCAUUCUGGAGGUUAUGCCCCUAAACCAGGGGCCUACUACAACACUGGGGGCCAUGACACCGGAGCCUACAACCCAGGAGACUACAACACCGGUGCAUACAAUCCUGCCAUUCACGGAGGUGGUCAGUACAGACCAGAGCAUCAAUUCGGCUCUCAGCACCUUCCCUCCACAGGUCACUAUGGCGGUGCCCACCAUGGAGCCGCCCUUCGUGGUGUUGUUGGAGACACUCCCGAAGUAGCAGCUGCCAAGGCCCAGUUCUUCAGAGCCUUCGAGAAGCAAGCUGCUGCUGCUGCUGCAGCUGCAAGUCCAGACGAUAAAUAUCACUGAGAUUUCUGUCAAGGGUCAACAAAGAUGGCUGUCACCAGGAUCCAGAAUUACUGACUAUUUUCAGAUCUCUUAAAUUAGGUGACAUUUGUUCGCUGAAUAUUCCUUAGUUAAUCUGUCAUUGAUUUGUGAAUAAAUACAGUUCUAAAUACUGAAGAAGAAAAUCACCUAGACUUACCUUCUGAAAAGCAUAUUUGAAUACUAACAAUAUAUUCAACCAAAAGAAACACCAAUGUGGCCUUCAUUUUUUUCAAAGAAAUUUGCUUUGUGAAUUACAAAUAUACCUGGAUACUUGGCAAUCACGAGAAAAUAA